UAAAGUAUACAGAAGUAUAAAUAAUCAUGUGUUCUCACCACUCAAGAAUGUCUAAUUUCCUGACAUCGACCACUAGGCUAUGUGGUAACUGCACACACACAUCCUUUUUCUUUAAAAAUCCGUGUCCUUCACUGGACGCGUAGACUCCUACUAUAUUAAAGUUCCGAGAGAGGCAUCAUAGUGCGUAAUUCUUCAUGGAAGCGUCCCCCGCGGCAAGCGCGGGAAAUCGGGAGUCACUGACUGGUGGUGAGUCGCAGAGGAUCAGAGCGAGGAGACGGAGAGCCGGGCCCGGGAGAGGAACCGAGGCCGGGAAAGGGCUUCAGGAAACCCACCGAAACCCUCCGGGUGCCGCCGGCGGCGCCGGCUCAGAGCGCUCCCCGCUCCCCGCCCCCGCGCAUGCGCCAGGCUCUGGGUCCGCGCCUUCCAGGGCGGCUUCUGCGCAGGCGCCAAGCUCGGGGACCGGAAGCGGAAGGCCUGUAGCUUAGGGUCGACACCUCAGUGAGCAGCAGCUAUGCGCGCCUUGGAGGAGCCGGGGCCUGGGCCCGCAGCGACCCCGUGCGGGUGCGUGAAGCCGGCUCUGGAAACAGGGAAUCUUUUAACUGAGCCAAUUGGCUAUUUGGAAUCCUGUUUCUCAGCGAAGAAUGGUACUCCAAGGCAGCCAUCUAUUUGUAGCCAUUCGCGGGCUUGUUUGAGAAUUAGAAAGAGCAUCUUUAAUAAUCCUGAACAUUCUUUGAUGGGCUUAGAACAGUUUUCUCAUGUUUGGAUUUUGUUUGUUUUUCACAAAAAUGGUCAUUUGAGCUGUAAGGCGAAAGUGCAGCCUCCCAGGCUGAAUGGUGCGAAGACUGGAGUUUUCUCCACAAGGAGCCCGCAUCGUCCCAAUGCGAUAGGAUUGACCCUGGCCAAGCUGGAAAAGCUAGAAGGUGGAGCUAUAUACCUUUCUGGAAUUGACAUGAUUCAUGGCACACCUGUCCUAGACAUAAAGCCCUACAUAGCUGAAUAUGACUCACCUCAAAAUUUGGUUGAAACUCUACAGGACUUUAAUUUACAGAAAAACCAAUAUAAACCCCAAAAUACAUCUCAGUCUAAUGGCAAGAUUGACAGCUAUGACCAGCGACAGAUCUCAAGGAGUGAUAAACCACAAGCCUAUAGUCACACUAAGGAGAAACCUAAAUGUCCUGAAGAUAGAACUUCAGAAGACAAUAUGAAACGUGACAACUCAACAAAAGUCCAGCAAAACUCCCCUCAGCACAGGGAGAUAGCAGCAGAUUUGGGCUUAGAAUCAAGAAAUGAUGAAAGUCUGAAUGUGGUAGAAGAACAAAUUGGCCCAUAUUGCCUGGAGAAGAGCUUUUCAGACAAGAUCAGGCACGUUCAGGGUGUUAUGGCCGUAGAUGAGAAGAGCUUUUCAGAGGAAGGUACAGAAAAGAGGCUAAGGAGUGGGAAAGAAGCAGUGAUUCCAAAAGGAAAUAGUGCAGAGUUGCAGCCCAUGGCUCUUCACUGCCCUUCCAGGAUGGCUGGUGCAGCCCCCCACAGCAUGGUCCCUGCCUGGGUGAGAGAGGCCCCUGUGGCCACCUUGGAAGUCCGGUUUACUCCUCACGCAGAGAUGGAUCUUGAGCACCUCAGUUCAGAAGAUGGCAGUCAGUCUUCAUUUAAAUAUUUUCAAUCAGCAGAGGAAGCAAGGCAUGCCAUUGAGGCUGUGUUGUCAGCCGACCCUCGGUCCAUAUAUCGACGGAAGCUCUGCCAGGACCGCCUUUUCUACUUUACUGUAGACAUAGCACACAUCACUUGCUGGUUUGGUGAUGACUUUGCAGAGGUUCUAAGGAUCAAGCCAGCUUCAGAACCUGUUCAGAUGACUGAUCCUGAGGAGUCCUUGGUGUCUCUGGGAUCCUAAGUAGCCUCCAUCAUGUGUUUAAAACUUUGAAUUGGCUUUUGGAUUAUCUGUACAAGUUAAUGAUGUGACGUGUUAAUGAGUCUUUGCAGAAAGAACAGUUUGUGAUCUCACUGCUUUGAUUGAUUUGGGUUCAAAUAUUUAUUCUAAAAACAUUUUUAAUAAACUGAGAGAUACAAAAUUUAGAGAAAUAUAUGUAUGCUUUUCAUUUGGUUAAUAUCAAAGAAUCCAAAGGUAAUGAAAUCUCAGUGAUUUCUGAAAGAAGCUGAUUGUUUUUGGCACUUGGUAAAACUGGGUAGAGAUCAUUCUAGCAGGAACUUAUAAGCCAGGGGAUCUGUUCAGCAGUCAUACUGGUUUUCCAGUAUUGGUUUUCCUGUCUGCAAAAGUUUGACCUCUCUAUUUCAUCAUAAAAACUGAGUUACCAACGUCUUAGGAAACUAACAGACCAGGGGCAGCCCCAGUGGCGCAGCGGUUUAGCGCCACCUGCAGCCCAGGGCAUGAUCCUGGAGACCCUGGAUGGAGUCCCAGGUCAGGCUCUUUGUAUGAUGCCUGCUUCUCCCUCUGCCUGUGUCUCUGCCUCUCUCUCUGUGUGUCUAUCAUGAAUAAAUAAAUAAAAUCUUUAAAAAAAAAAAAAAAGGAAACAGACCAAAAACAAGUGGUAUUAAAGCUCUUUAGAGAUUAAACCCCUGUGUUUUAGAGACUUUGUCAUACACACAUUUGUAUGUAUAUAGUAUACAUAUAUUUAAUCCCGAUUCUAAAAUAGGGACUCUGAUCUUUCUUCGGAUGUCUUUGUAUCAGAAAAGAAAGUCACCCCAGAGAUCCAAGAAAAUAACUUAAUUACUGGUUUAUUUCUUAUUUAUUCUAUGAGUAUUUACUGAAAGCCUAUUAUGGGUUAGGUUUUGGUGAUAAAAUGAGAUAAAAACAAGAUGCAGUUCUUACGAUAAGUUAUAAUUAGAAGAGGAGGAAGACGUGUUACAGUUAGAUAAAAUAUAGUAAUUAAGUCUGUACAUGGUUCCUACGUAGUACCAUGCAGGAAGUGGUUGUAAGAAUGUGUUGCCUAUAGGUGAUUUUAAUGAUGUGAUCCCAGAUAACUGAAGAUUUAUGAUCAGCAUAACCAGAUUAGACACCUGUCAACAUGACAGGCUUUCCUAAUCACAAUUGUAAAUCUUAAUAGCUGAUUGAUCAUGGUUUUGAAAUGAGCACUGCUGCCUGUAGAUACUUGCACAGAGUCAUUUGUGGCUGAUGACACUGCACUCUUCAACCAAACUGGAUUGUCUUUGAGGUUACUUAGAACCUCUUGGGGAAGUAUCUUCAAUUUGAUUUUUAAAAGCUCUUUGAGAUAAUUAUAGAUUCACAGAAAGUUGCAAAAAUAGCGUAUAGGCCAUGUGUACACUUCACCUAGCUUUUUCCUAUGGUAACUCUCUUAUAUAAUAAACUGUAGUAUAAUGUUAAAACUAGGAAGUUGACAUUGGUAUAAUCUGCCCUUUAUUUUGAUUUUGAUGCCUUUUCUCUUAAAAUUAUUUUGAGACUAAAUUAGGGCUUGAAGCAGAAAGUGUUGAUAUUUAAUACUGAAAAAAUAGUCUGAAGAUGAUACCAGCCUUCCAGCAACAGGACUAUUUAGUUGUUUGACGUUUUAACCUACAUUCUUAGGAUUUUAGAACUAAAAUCCUAAAUACAAUCCCGUUUAGUUCUCUGCCCACUCACCAGCCAGUGAUGAUCCUUCACCACUGCCCUUUUGUAGUUCAUUGUGUGAUAGGGUUCAUUAUCAAAAUGUUCUUCCUUCCUAUGAGAUAAAAUAUGUUCUCUGAUAACGCCACCCUCUAAUGGGGCAUAAGGCUGAUCGAGCUCCCAUGCUAGCCUGUCAGAUACCAUUCCAGCUCCCUACUCCUUGGUCCUGUCUGCUGAGCUACCCCCAUUUCCCUCAGCACUUUCCCAUUUGUUAAGUCUCUCCCCGCCCCCAGUCUUUGAAUCCCUUGUGUGAGCUUUUAUCUCUAGGCAUGUAUUUUCAGUGUCCUGUUGUGAGGAAAUUUGGAUUGCUAAGUCAUGAACUCCCAUACCUCAGAAAGAGAAGUAGUUUGAAGUAGUCUUAACAUUUCCUUUUGUGGUGGGAACUUUUCCAGAAGAAGAAGAAAGGGACACAAUACUCUGUACUAUGCAUAAAUGGUAUCUACCUUAAAUUUUAGCCUUUGCUUUUUGGUGCCUGUAGGGGGAGCCCUUGAUAACUGAUUAUUUUCAAUAGCUUGGGAAUAGAUUCCAGGAGUUCAAGAAGCUUUCAGGUAAUUUUGGCUCUCGGCCCACUUACCCCAGAUUUCCAGAACAGUAACUUCCACAAGAUGCUUCCACUGAUGCUUGUCAAUCACAUAUAGGAAGAGAUUAGAGGAUGAAUGCCAUUUAUUAACUUUUUAAAUUGUAGCUUGGCUUAAGGGCUAGGAUGGAUUAUUUCAGCAUGUGGAGGCUAGGCACAACCAGAUAGACUCAUUAGCCAAACCCAUAAGCAUGUAUAUACAAGAUAUUCAUUCUGUUUAUGUAUUUGCGACUUUUUUCUUUGAAGAGAAGAGAGUGGAGUUGAAGAUAUGAAUCAACCUCUUGUUGAUAGUCUUCUUUUUAUGAUAAUGGUCAUAAAGAAGGUAGGUGAAGACCCAGUAAGAAUGAAAUCUGUAUCACUUACUGAACUGUCAUGUCCUUGGCACCGGGCUACAUGCUUUUCAUACAUUGGCAGAGGUUAAGUAACACACUCAAGCUCAUACGGCUGGUCAGCCAUUCAUUGAGGAUUUCGACCCACCCAGUCUGGCCCCAGAGUUGGCUUCCUUCCCAGUGUGGCUCUGCUGCCUCCCCCAUGCAGAUGCAGAUGCUCAGCAAGCCAUGCUGGUUUAUUUGAGGGUCAACAGUUUCAUGUGUUUAAUAAGUGCAAGACACUUAGAAUGAUGUUCAUGGGAAUCCAACUACUAAAUGAAGAAUGGCGGAAGAAUAAGAGUAGAAAUGACUAUUCCUACCAGAUCUCUGUGGAACCUCCUGAGAAGCAGCAUGGGAGAUGUGGAGAAUACCGAAUUUGACCUCAGAAACUUUUAAGUGCUGUGUUCUGCUCUGCCGUGUGCUAGCUGUGCAACCUUGGGCAAGUCACUGCACCCAUCUCCAAAUCCCUGUCCUUACAGAGUUGUUACAUGGAUAAUACUUGGGAAAGUAUUUUCUAAACUCUUCACUGGUCUCCAAACUUAGAUAAUGUUUUUAUUAUGCCUGUCAUCAUUGACACCCUUUCUUUGCCACUCUGCUCUGGUUCACCUACCUGGACAAGCAGAUGCAGGGAAACCAAAGGAUCCUUAAAAUACAGUGUAUGGGGCAGCCCCGGUGGCCCAGCGGUUUGGCACCCCCUUCGGCCCAGGGUGUGAUCCUGGAGACCCGGGAUCGAGUCCCACGUUGGGCUCUCUGCAUAAAGCCUGCUUCUCCCUCUGCCUCUCUCUCUCUCUCUC